ACACUGUGGGGACCGGUGAGUAGACACCCCCCACCCUACCCCUGUCCAUGGAAGGCUGGAGGGGGAGUCCCGCGUGCAGAAGCCUGGAUCUUUGCCAAGAAAGAGAGGCUUACAAGCUUCAUACACACGAAAGGACCUGGACCACAGGCUGCUGCUCUGAAGCUUCCUGCACAAGAUAUAGUCGGUGUUAUUCGCAUCUGGACUCUGAGAGAAGAAAGAAAGAAGAAGUGAGGAAGAGAAACGAGAGACUCUGAAUCAGUGGAAGGGAGAGUCCACAUAUUUUGUGUUGAGGGGCUUGGUAACAGCAGGCAAAAUGACGAACCCAACAGAACACACCUUGCCGGCCAACUCGAUACUUGAGAGCCGUGAAGGGGAGUUUGGCUGCACAGUGAUGGACCUGAGGAAGCUGAUGGAGCUGCGUUCAAGUGACGCAAUAGACCACAUCAACAUCCACUACGGAGGAGUGACGAGUCUCUGCAGUAGGCUGAAAACCAACCCUGUGGAAG